AUGGUGAGGGAUGCAGAGGCCUCCACCACCAUCAAACUGCUGCACCUGCUUUGCCUUUCCACCUCCUGGCUGGUAGGUUGCAGUCUGUGGCUCUCCCCUCCUGCAGGGUUUGUGAUGAGCAGCCAUCUCCCUCGCUGCACCUUCAGCUUCAUCCAGCUCAAGCUCUUCCCCUACUACUUCCACAUCAGCUCUGCUUGUGCCUUCUUCAGCCUUGCCCUAUUUACCAUGCACCACCCCAGCGAGCUGCUCAGCAAUGAACAACAGACCCAGCUCGUCCUCUUUGUUUGUGUGGCUGCCUCAGUGCUGAACACACAGUGGUUCAGGAGGGUCACCUCUGACACGGUGGCAGCCAUGCACCUCAUGGAGCUUACCCACAGCCUCGGCCCAGCCACCCACCAGUCCUGCCAGCAGCUGCCUGCCUCCAACCCCACCUACAAGCAGCUGUCCCAGGAGCUCACCUUCUACCAUGCUCUCUCUUCCCUCUGCAACUUCUGCUGCAUUGUGUGUAACGGUCUGAACCUCUACUACCUGGCUGCUGCUCUCCCUGCCCUGUGA